AUGUCCUCUCCUGGAGAAUCUCCCGAGCCCGGCUUUGACAACCCACCCGCGAGUCUUAAGGCGCCUCCGGCACCUCCCCAGGCCUCAUCGUCGCCAGCACAAACACAAACGGAGAUCCCGUCUGUUGAUGCUGUUAACAGGAUCAACGCUCCUUCUGACCCAUCCACGACAAAAACAGCGUCUCCUCCUGCCGUCAGAACCUUUUCACCCGAGACCACCAAUCAUGCCCCUGGUGUUUCUACUCACAAUAACGACUUGGUCAAGACUCCUGAAAUUGAAAUUGAUCCCGAAAAUGACAGUUUAACCGAGGCCACCAAUCCCGCGCCUGGUGAUUUCACCCCCAAUGACCGUAUUCCUGACGGACCCAACACUGAAGGCUCUCCUGCUCUUGACGUCCACAUCUUACCAACGAUUCCCGAAAUUUCCAAUGACCCCGCGGAUGAACACUUGCCCAAGACUCCCAAUCCAGCCCCUGAGGUCUCCCUUGUCAAUCACCCUAUUUCCAACGCCUCCAACACUCAAGCCUCUCCUGCUCCGACCGUCGAAGUCUUGAUUUCUUCUGACCUCGCGGCAGGACGUUUACCCCAGACCCCGAAACCUCGUGCUCGUGACACUACCCCCGAUGACUCUAUUUCAACAAAGGCCGCAUCUCCAGUGACCACCGCCCCUGCGACUGACCCUCGCGAAAACUUAGUGCAACCCCAUGUUCAGGGGCCUACCACCCAUUCAUCUACGGAAGUCGGGGCUUUUCGAGACCAGGAUGGUCGUCCUCUUGGCACAUCAAUCCCAAUCAACCCCGGUGUUGUAGCUACGGUAGCACCCUCUGAACCCAUUAAGUACAUGGGUCCAUUGACAUUACUCAGUAACAUCAAUGUACAAUCAGUUUUGCGCAAGCGCAUUACCGACGAUGACAUACCUGCCAUCUACGAGGCCACCCUGAAUUUUCUGUGUUUGCGCCGGGCAGAUACAGGAGCUCUGUCGAUUACUGCCGAGACGCAACUCGAAAGGGAUGUUCAAUUCCGUGUGAGACCUCGAUGGAACCUCACCGAUUUUCUUGACAAGGCACCAAAUAAAUCUUUAUGUGUUCCAGGUAUUGAGGCGCCGUACCACCUCCCGGAUAUUUUUGACUUUGACGCAACAGCUGCAACAUUCAAGCCUCCCCGGAAUGAAAGAGUUGAAGAAAGCUGUGUGCGAAUCAUGCUGUCACCCUUGGUCAGCCCUUCGGCCCCCAUGGUUGAGACCGCGUUGAAAUACGUUUUGUCCGCGGUUGCCUACCUCAAUCUCGACAGCCCCAUCUCCACAACCCCGCAUGACUUUUCCAAGACGUCCUUCCCUAAUCAAACCAUAGCAAAUGGAGUGAAAGCUGCAUUUCACUUUAAUCAGCUCCAGGACACUACACCUCAACUCCUGGUCAAUCAAUGUGUCAGACUGAUGUGGAAACUUCAUAACCUGGUCUAUGCCAUCCUCGAGGCGGUUGCCAGCCUCCGAGCACGAUUUCGGCAUUUGGAAAUUGUCAAACGAGCGCCUUUGGAAGAUCAGCCGCGUAUUAUUGCCGAAUACGAAGCCACCACCCAACCACUUGGGGUGGGUGGCAUCUCUUCCAAGGCUCUCCUUGCGCUGGUUGUCUUUCUCAUCGGCGGCGUCAGGGGCCUUCUGGUCUUUCCUCAAAAUGCAAAUGUUUACGGGCCAGUGAAGGCCAGCUUCUUCCUGGUUUUAAUCAAUCACUUACAUAAGAACCGCCCCGUGCCAGAACCGGUUUGGAAGCAUACCCAGUCAUUCAUCUUGGACCUUCUUGAGAGGAGUCUUUUCCCUGCUGGUUUCACUCGUGCUCGUACGUGUUUAAUGGAAGCCGUCAAUGAUGAUCAGUGGCAACAUCAGGACUGCAGCAGGAAACUGCUUGCCCAGGUGAUCCAAAUGGAUCUCAUACAGUUUUGCUCCCACCAAGAUGAGCAUUUACAAAACAAAGGUCUUUACGAAGACCCUGCUUUUGAGUUGCCUGAAUGUCCUUUGAAUAAGGUCAAGGGGAAGGACAAGGGGAAGAAUGGGCACUGA